AGCGGCGGUAGAGCUUACCCGUAAACAUCCCAACUCAAGAGUCAUCAGCCAACUGAAAACAUCCGUAGCACGUGUUAACCUUGCACUAAGACACUAAUCAAUCAUAUAAUUACAAACGUGGAGGCACCUCACAAUAUCUAUCAAACACGUGUUUAAUCUCUUCUCUAAACCAUCCACAAAGCUCCACUACUCUAUUUGUUCCAUGCAAUUUGUCUAUAUCUCUAUCACCUCAUUCAUCAUAUUGUUAUCCUCUUUCUAAAUUAAAAUCUAUCAUUAUCCAAAGUUUGAACCAAGUUAAAAAAAAAAAAAAAAAAAAAAAAAGUUACUUGAAGUGUAAGAAAAAUCAUAUAGGAAAAAAAUGUGUUUUUGUUAGGAGAAGAUGGCAUAUCAACAACAUUUGAGGGAUGAGCAUGGUAAUCCGGUUGAGCUAACGGAUGAGCAAGGUCAUCCGGUUAAGCUUACUGAUGAACAUGGACAUCCCAUUCAUCUAACCGGCGUUGCGUAUACUGAUGAAGAUGGCAACCCUGUGGACGCCCGUGGGUUGCACUCUACUGCGACUCAUGGUGGCGUGGAACAUGACAAUCUCAUGGGUAGUCUCAUGGGCGCCCGCUGGGCUGCCCCUCAUGGUGGUGGCGUGGGACACGACAAUCUCAUGGGUACCCAUGGGACGCACUCUACUACGACUACGACUCAUGGUGGCGUGGGACAUGACAAUGUCAAUAAGACUCAUAGUGGUGGUGUUGGUGGCGUGGGACAUGACAAUCUCAUGGGUACCCACGGCGUAGGGCUUAUAGGCACCCAUGGGAUGCAGUCUUCUACGACUCAUACUGGCGUGGGACAUGAUAGCUCCACAGGCACCCGCGGGUUGACUCAUGGUGGCGUGGGACAUGACAGCUCUACGGAUACCCAUGGGACGCACUCUUCUGCCACUCGUGAUGCCGUGUUACCAAAAAACCCCUUGACUACUGGGAUGCAAUCUUCGACUAUUGGUGGCGCGGCUCAUGGAACUCAUGGAGGUUCCAUGACAACCGGGAUGCCGUCCGCGACUCUUAGUGGCGGCAUGCAGGGUCAUAAUGAGCCCGGACACCGCGGCCCUGGGACGCUAGGAGAUGUUUUGGGAGGCGGGCAGCACCAGCCGAGGAGAGAUCAGCCAGGAGGGACUGCUGUUGGUAUUGUUACUAAAGAGAUUCGACGAAGUGGCACUAGCUCCGGUGAAUCGUCCGAGGAAGAAGGACAUACACCCACGGGUGGGGGAAGGAAGAAGAAAGGAUUCGGGGAGAAAAUCAAGGAUAAGUUAAUGCCGGGUGGUAAGCACAAGGAUCAGGACGUAGACCAUACCGCGACAACUACCAUGGCCACAACCACCACUACCACUAUCCAGCACCACGAGGACGAGCCUGCUGAGAAGAAAGGUCUAAUGGAAAAGAUUAAGGAUAAGUUGCCUGGUCACCACUAGAUAGUUAUAGAGUUCGGUUUUUCAUUUUCGUUAUAGCUUUUGCCAAUUUGUACCUUUGGGUGUGAACUCAUUACUCAUGUAAAGGCCAGAGUUUAAGGCUUUUGUUGUAUGUUGAAUAAUCUAUGUGCAUCUACUAGUAUGCGAAGGGUUAGUUUGUGCUUUUAGAUGUUGAGAUGUAAUUUUCUUUUGUUUGUUUUUAGGGUUUUUGAAUGUGUGAAACUUUUCAUUUAAAGAGUGUUUUGAACUUUCAAUUGUCUAAGAUGAUGAAUGUACCUUUAAUUUCUUAA